AUGAAUUCAUUUGUUCGUUCUAUAAGUCAACAUUCUCUUAAUUUACUUAAUUCUCAGUAUGGGCAUAAAAAACUUGUUAAUAUAGUUGAACAUGGAACAGAUUAUGUAGUGAUAAGAAAGGUUAAUAAUAAUUCGAAUUUAUUGUUAAAAGAACGUUUUGAAAAUUUUUUAAAUUUUAUUAAAGAAAAAUUUUAUAAUUUCUUAUAUAUUACUGAAAAAUGUUUAUUUAAGAUGAUUGUUUAUCUAUUAACAAUAUGGAUAAGUGCUGCUAUACUUAUAUAUUUCUUUGAAAGUUCAGAAGAUAUUAAUUACAAAAAUAAUGAAAAUGAUAAACAAGUUUUAAAUGUUUUAAGGAUGAUAAACAAUUUAGAAAAAAUUCAAAAUAAUAAAUUUUAUAGUAAAAAAGAGUGGGAGAGAGAAAUAUGGAUGAAAAUAUGA